AUGUUGGCUCCCAAAGAUUCGUCGUUCCCAGCCGCGCUCCAGGCUCUGCGAAAUAGCCCUGCCCGUCUCACCAUCACCACAUCAGGGACAGCACUGCUGGUGCUCCUGGCGACCCUCGGUUCAACUCCUGGCAGUCUGGCCCUCUCGCUGGAGAAACGAGAUAAGUUUGAGAACAUGGGUCUCAACGUGUGGGCGAUCGUCGCUUGCAUCGUGACCAUGAUCAUAGGAUGCCUACGAUGUGCCUACAUCAGCCAGAAGAACAGGAUGAUGCUUGCCGAUGGCACCCGUGCCGCAGAAAUAUGCAUCGAACUAGGCCCCGAUGGCGAGAUGUCGUCGAGCCCAGAGCGGACUGAGCCUUUGCCACCAUACUCGCCGAGACUUCAGCCGACACCCAGUCAGGCGAACCUAAGCAUAGCCGUCCCUGCGCCUGCAUACGAGCCCCCGAAGUGA